AACUGUUCUCAUAUACGACUCGGUCUUUCUUCUUUGGUCCUCCCUAAGCUCCCACCAAACCGCGUUUCGUCCAUUUAUGAACUUCUUUCCACCAUUUUCACAAAAACACCACCCCCCCCUCAAUAUGAACUUUUCACAACACUCUUUCACUAACUAUGGCUGCUCUCUUUAACUCUAUUCUAAAACUCUUACUCUUUCUCUCUUUUCUUCCCUUCAUUUCUUCGCUUUCUACUAUUUCAAUAUCUGAAACUUCUAACCACACUUUGAUAUGUGCAUUGGUUCUUUCCCCCAAUGGAAACUCGCCUUUUCUCAACUGUUCUAGUUCACUAAUCGUUGGUAAUGCUAACGUUUCCAUUUCAGGGGUUGUCGCUGGAGAUGGGUUCGUGUGUACUCUCAGAAACUUUUUAGCUUCGUCUUCUUCUGCUAUUCAUUGCUGGAGAUUUUCUUCAAAUGCUACGGUUAUGGAGUAUAAGAGAAUUUAUCGAGGUCCGGCUCUUCACCAACUUGAAGCUGGCAACUCUCAUAUUUGCAGCCUUGUCAACCGCACUAAUCGCCUCGAAUGCUGGCAAUGGCCUCAGUUUAAUUCAAGUUCUUUUCUUCAGACGUUUUCGAGUAUCGCCGUUGGCCAAGAUUUCAUUUGCGGGUUAUCGGAAAGCGGAAGGAUUACUUGCAAUUAUGGAACUAGUGUGAAUUUUCCCGUUAUAGAUGGGAAUUACAGUGUGAUUGAUGCGGGGUUUAGCCAUGCUUGUGCUAUAAGUUUGAAUCAUAGUUUACUGUGUUGGGGAGAUGGGGUGGGCGAAACGCCGAUAGAUGAUUUCAAGGCUUUAGCCUUGGGAGAAAAUCGAACCUGUGCUUUGCGGUCUACUAAUGAAACAGUUGUUUGUUGGGGACAGGAUAAUUUUACUCUGCCAACAGCCUUACAAGAGACCCCUUUUGUUUCAAUUGAAGCCAAACGAAGAGUUUUCUGUGGGGUUUUAAAAUUUAAUUACUCUCUUUACUGUUGGGGUGAAGAAACUGAUAAUUUUAGAAUGGUUUUUGAGAGGGUUUUGCCAGGACCGUGUAGAAGUUCUUGUCCAUAUGGCAUUUUGGAUGGGUCUGGAACUGUUUGUGGACAAAUUGGAUCUAUCUGCGAAUCACUGCUACCGCCGCUGCUGCAACAACCAUUUAGUCCUCCUACACCGGAGCCUUCACCACAAUCGCAAGACGAAUCCUCGGGUACCAGUGGCUCAGGCUGGAGUGGGAAAAUGGUGGCUCUCUUGGUCUUUGGUUGUGUAGGAUCAUUGUCUUUACUUGUGUCUCUUUUCUUCAUCUAUAGACAAUGCGACGGUAGAGGCUGCCGUGUCCACAAUUCAGGACGCCUUGAUGAGAAUGGUGCACCAGCUGAACAAGGUUUGAGCCAACACCAAAACCCACCAGGUCAGCCCGGAGGGCAACCGGUUUUAGAGAAGCGGCUUAGUGAAUUGGCCAGCAUCGGAAAUGCAGGUCACUUGGAGGAGUUUUCAUUACAAGUUCUACUCGAAGCUACAGAUAAUUUCUCCGAGAAUCACAAGAUUGGGACAGGAAGUUUUGGUUCAGUUUACUACGGUAUCUUAGAUAAUGGGCGGCAGGUUGCCAUCAAGCGCGCUGAAGUGUUGAACUCUUCAACUAGAGUCGGCGGCACCAGGCGCCAGGAGGACAAAGAUCAUGCCUUCCUCAAUGAGCUUGAAUCAUUGUCGCGCCUUCAUCACAAAAAUCUUGUGAGGCUGUUAGGCUUCUGUGAAGAUUGCAAUGAGCUUGCGUUGGUUUAUGAGUACAUGAUUAAUGGGACACUCCAUGAACAUCUUCACAAGCUGGAAGACUCACCGCUAAGUUCAUGGACUGCAAGGAUUAAGGUUGCAUUGGACGCAGCAAGAGGGAUCGAGUACCUGCAUGAGUAUGCUAUACCCCAAAUCAUACAUCGGGAUAUCAAGUCAUCAAACAUAUUGCUGGAUGAUACAUGGACUGCCAAAGUAUCGGAUUUUGGAUUGUCCAUGAUGGGUCCUGGGGAUGAUGAGUCCCACCUUUCAAUUCAUGCGGCUGGAACAGUUGGAUACAUGGAUCCAGAGUACUACAGGCUCCAGAAAUUGACAAAGAAGAGUGAUGUUUAUAGUUUUGGAGUCGUUUUACUCGAAUUGUUAACGGGGCAUAGAGCUAUUCACGAAAAUGAAAAUGGAGUUCCAAGACAUGUGGUUGACUAUGCGGUCCCUUACAUAGCCCAGGAUGAAAUUCACAGAGUUUUGGAUCGAAAAGUGCCACCACCAACCCCAUAUGAAAUAGAGGCAGUUGCAUAUGUUGGGUAUUUGGCUGUUGAUUGUGUCACACAGGGAGGAAGAGAUAGGCCUUCCAUGACUGACAUUGUAAAUAGUUUAGAUAGGGCAUUAACUGCUUGCAUGGCACCUCCUCUAUUCUCUAGAUCCACAACUGACACUUCUACGUAACACAACAAUGUUUAGAAUUUUUUUUUUUUUUUUUUUUUUGUGAUAAAAAAUCUCACUUGAGUUAGACCAUCCUUUAAAAGUUAAACUAAUCACACUAAACAAAUAAAACUCUAGAUUCAAUGACUGACCUCAUACCCAUUUCACUGGAUAAUUUAAAGAUUUGAUCAUAAUAUGAUAUCAAAGGGUCUCGAAUCUAAGUCCUAUCCCUUUAGAAUUCCACAGUUUUGUCAUUCAAACUAUCCCUUAAGGGCAAAACCAUUUUUUGUUAAUAGAUGUGAACAAUUUUUAGAAUUUGUUGAUAAAUUUGAGCUCUAAAAAGUGCAUCAUAGCAUACCUACUAACACAACAUUUGAUUUGUUCAUUUUAGACCAAGUUAUGGCUUCUUUCAAAUUAAAUUGAAAAUUGUCUUCUUCA